AUAAGUCGUUGCCCCUCUGUGGCUUCUACGUGUACUUAACCUAAAGACUAUAUUGAGUAGUGGUAGAGCAGAAAGCUAUAGUUUUUGCGAUGCUGAUCCAGCACGUGAAGUUAACAUGCAAUAUUUGAGCUCUUUUACAGAUUCAUGCAGUAACGGUGUACUAAUAACAAUGCCAGAUGGCCAGGAGUUAUUUAAACGAACGGUGUUCCUAUCCAGUCUGUAGGAUUAGAAUCAAUCAGUAUUUUGAGGAUACUGGCGGUUAGUAACUGCUUACUAUUCAGUCAAAAGAGGGAGAUCUUGUUACUAACCUUGCUGUUGAAGCCUCUCAAAUCACGUGAGGAGUGAAGUCUUUGCAUCAGGUGUAUUUUCAGUACCUCAUGUUUCCCUGAAGUGCUUAUAUUCAGUUGCAGACUUCAAGGCUAGAAAGACUUGAAUGCAUAUAAAAUUGGCAUCUAUUCAUUAUUUUAAUACCAGUGAAAUCUAGAGUAAGCAUCAGCUUAUUUUUAAUUGGUCAUGACGUGACUUUGCCAUCCAUGACAUGUUGGAGUUGGAAAGGAGGAAAGCAGAGGAGAAAAGAUUAAGCAUCAGAGAAGUGAGAAAGAUACAGCAGGAAGUGUUUCAGGAUAUUCUGUGACCCUGCAGCUAAGGCUAUAAAGUUAAUUUAGUGAAAAAUUUUAAUUGCUUGACAGAAAAGAAGCUCCUAUUCCAGAAGUCUCUGGUAAAGUUUAAGCUCUGUUUCACAGUGAGCAGCUGAAUUGGAGCCAGUCUCACAGAGAUAUGGUGAUGAUGAUCCAAGAAAUGAAGAGGUGUUUGCCUGAAGACAAAAGGAGUUCCAGCAAGCCCAGUACAAUCAGUGCUCUCAACUAUGCCUUGCGGUGUGUCCAGCAGGUCCAAGGCCCUGAGUGACCGAAGAGUGUUUCAGACAGAUGUGAUGACAUACAGCAUAGAAGAGCUGGUGGCAGUUGCAUCUGAACACACUCCCAAAAACACUGACACAUUUGUGGCUGUGUUUUCCUUGCUUUCUGGACGCAUGGUGCAUAUUUCCGAGCAGGCGGCAUCCAUUCUAAACUGUAAGAAGAAAGUGUUGGAUUCCUCCCGGUUUGUAGAGCUGCUUGUCCCUCAGGAUGUGAGUGUGUUCUACACGCACACGGAUCAGUCCCACCUGCCUCUUUGGAACAUGGAAAGUCAAACAGCUUCUCUGUAUGAAUAUGCCCAGGUGAAGUCCUUUUUCUGCAGGAUCAGGAGUGGUAAAGAUCAAGAAACACGUUAUUACCCCUUCCGAAUCACACCAUACUUAGUCCAUGUGUGUACUUCUGUCCACGUGGAUACAGAAUCCUGCUGCUUAGCUUUGGCUGAGAAAAUUCACUCUGGAUAUGAAGCUCCUCGAAUCCCUAUGGAUAAAAGAAUCUUCACCACCACUCACACCCCUGGAUGUGUUUUUCUUGACAUAGAUGACAGAGCAGUGCCUUUGUUGGGUUACUUACCUCAGGAUUUAAUUGGAACGUCCAUUCUGAUGUAUUUGCACCCAGAAGAUCGCCCUUUGAUGAUUGCUGUUCACCGGAAGAUCCUGAAGUUCGCUGGUCAACCCCCUUUUGAACAUUUACCUAUUAGAUUUUGUACUCAAAAUGGGGAUUAUGUCAUACUGGAUACCAGCUGGUCCAGUUUUGUGAAUCCUUGGAGCAGGAAAGUAGUGUUCAUCAUUGGCCGACACAAAGUCCGAACAAGCCCUCUGAAUGAAGAUGUCUUUGCUGCAAGAAGUAAAGAAACGAGCCAUGUUGAGAAAGAGAUAAGAGAAUUGCAAGGACAAAUUUACAAGCUGCUUCUGCAGCCAGUUCACAGCAAUGUUUCCAGUGGUUAUGGAAGUCGUGGAAGCAAUGGCUCUUAUGAGCACUAUAUGAGCAUAGCAUCUUCAAGUGACUCCAAUGGGAAUUGUGCAGAGGAUAUACAGGAACCAAUGACAUUGCAGCAGAUUUGUGCAGAUGUCAACCGAAUCAAGAACCUGGGCCAGCAGCUGUACAUUGCAUCAAGGAGCAAGCCACAGAACGGGAACGAACAGGCUGUGAGCUCAGGAACACUAGGAGGGAAGAGGCACACUGCUGCCUGUUCUCUUCAGACAGUGAGAAGUGAUAGCACAGAAGAACCAGGCAAUGUGUUCUAUGAUGAUUCAAAGACCACUCCACGUGUGCCUUCCUAUCAGCAGAUCAAUUGUGUUGAUAGCAUCAUCAGAUAUCUAGAGAGCUGCAGUAUUCCAGCAUUCAAAAGGAAAUGUAAAUCUUCUGCAAAUACAUCAUCGUCAUCUUCAGAAGAUGACAAGCAAGUCCAGCAAAGUCAGCAGGAAGCUGAGGCACUGGAAGAUACUCCUAUACUUUCAACAGUUAAUUCCCAAACUCCGGUGUCUGCUGAUCAGGAAGAGACACUGAAAGAGAAGACAGCUGCAGGCAUGGCUGGAGCUCCUCUGGCAGACCUGACCCUGUCCAAGAAGGCUCCAAGUGUGGUGUCUGUCACCAGCCAGUGCAGUUACAGCAGCACUAUAGUGCAUGUCCCACACCCGGAAUCAGAAGUGACUACAAUGGAGGAUACUACGGUUGGAAGUGAACAAAUUGAGCUGCCUCCUGUGCAUGCUCAGAAUCUCACUGCUGUGCCAGAGGACUUAAAGCCAGUUGGGCUAACAAAAGAGACGUUGUCAGCCCACACUCAAAAGGAAGAGCAGAACUACGUUGACAAGUUCCGCCAGAGGAUCUUGCUUUCUCCAUUUAGGACUUACCUUCAACAGGGGAGCAGAAAUAACAAAGGACAUUCCUGUGGCCAAGGAGAUUCCACUUCAAAGCAGAUGAGCCCAUCUACCUGUAAAAAAGGCAAACAUGGAAAAUUCAAGCGCCAGAAACCUCAGAGAAAAUCCUCAGAUAACCACUCUACCAGUAAAAACAGAAAUAGUCUUCUGUGUGUGAAGAGAACAGUUCAGAAACAGUCCUUCUCUCCCUCAGAAGUGUCCUGUUUGAGCUCCUCCAGUAUGAAUGUCCUUCCUCCUAUGGGAUUUCCUGUUUAUUCAGAUCCACUGUCAAGUUUUCCAGCCUCUUCUUUAGGAGAGGAGCUUGCCAUUCACUCAUUCAAACCUGAGCCUGUGUCAUCAUCACAACUAUGCUGUGAAGCUCAGUCAUGUCCAGUGUUUUAUCCCCCAAACAUAGGCACGUUUAUGGCUGUAUUUCUUCAGAGUUUCCCUAUGUAUGCUCAGAUGCCUCAGUACGUCUUUCUUCCUAGCCCUCAGUACGUUUAUCUCCCCUUUUCAUAUCCAUGCACCGUACUACCUCCAGCCCCACCUCCUCCUGCUCCAUCACCAAUAGCACCACACGCUGUGGAUCAGCCCUUUCCAGUCUCUUCUGCCACAUCCAUGGAGGACCGGCAAGAGGGACGGUGUGACCAGGCCCUACUGCUGAGUAGCUCACGGAGCAGCUCCCCGCUUCAGUUGAAUUUGCUUCAAGAAGAACUGCCCAAACCGAUGGAGCUUUCCACUGGUACUGAUGUUAAAGCACAUACAGAAGCUAAAUGUGACAAUGAUCCAGAAGACAGUGUUAGCAGUGCUAACCAUUGUGCUUCUAGUGAAUUUACUGACCACUCGCAGUAUGAGGGGUCCCCCUCAGGUGCAGGUUCAGCAGCAUCAGGCAGUGGAUCAGCUUUGUCUGGUUCUUCAGGCUGUAGCUCCAGCGAGACUUCUGGUUCUGGCACAGGUAGUGGGAAGAGCACCAAGUAUUUUCCCAGCAAUGAUUCUUCUGAAGCUUCCAAAGAAAAGAAUGAGGAAGUAGAAGAGAAAGGGACAGCUCAUAAAUCCAGUCAUGAGUCAGCCUGGAUGAUGAUGGAUCACACACCUGAGCAAGUUCUAAUGACUUACCAAAUGCCAAACAGAAUUACAGAGGAAGUUUUAAAGGAGGAUCUGGAGAAGCUGGCAGUCAUGCAAAAGCAGCAGCCGUGGUUUUCGGAUGGGCAAAAGAAGGAGCUUGCAGAGGUACACACAUGGAUCAGGACCCAGACUGUCCCACUGGAAAUCAGCACCCAAGGCUGUGUUACAUGUGGCAUCAGGGAUGCAAGUUGUGAGGCUGCAAUGGCUGCUGACAAUAUGGAAAACAAGGGAAAAUUGCCUCCGCACCUGCAACACUGAAGUCACCAGCACUUGUGUCAGUAAAACCACUUGGUGUAAUUCCCAUCCUCUUUUCCUCUGCCUUCGCUACAUACUAGUGGUGACUGUAUCUGGCUAUCUCUUCCCAACAUGAACAAUCACAUAUGUGAAACUAAAUCUUCCUCCAUUACCCCAUCGCUCCUGGCGUGACUUUGAAGACAAUCUUUCACUGUGAGGCUGUUUCUCUUCCUGACCUCACAGACUUGAUGCAGAAUGGAUUAUGUUUCUAACUUUUGAUUGCUCAGUGAUGAGCAAAACACAAAGGAGUUCUGGGAUGUGUUUGUAUAUUUGAACUUGGCAAGUAAGAGUCUGAAAAGAUGCAGUGGUUAAGAUCUGCAGUGAUGAACCUAACAGACUGGAACAUGUAGGCUAGAUGUAUUGAAACCAGCAUUGAAACCAAGGUGUUAGUUUUCAUUUGUUCAACAUUUAAAGAUCUAAACUGAAGAUUCGGAUGCUCUGAGGCUCUAAAAUCACUGUAGCUGGUUCAAGAAUCCAGAAAGCUUUUUGAUGAGCAGCUGAAAACUGGCUGAGUUAUCUGCAUCAAAAUGCCUUUCACCAGCUUGUGCCCAUCAAAAACUGAAGUGCAAAGAAGCAAAGCUAUUCCCUAUGUUUUUCACGAUGAGUGUUUUGGAACCAAGUUGGUUUAUAGCUUUUGCUUUUAAAGCUGUGUUUCUCAAGAUGGGUGUUUAAAAUGGAUUGAGGGUAACUGGUUUGCAGCUCCACUACAGAUGAGAUUAUAAGUAGCAAUCAAAACAAAAAAAGUAAUAAUUCAGGAGUUAUUUCCUUGUACAGGAUCUGCUUUUCAAUAAAAACACAUGGGAAACCUUU